GUUCUUUAAGCAAAGACGAGACACACACCCUGUGACUUAUGAUGCGGAUAGUGGCGCAAGGUCAAGCCAAUACCGGACACUUAGGCUAAUGGGAACAGUUUUUGUCCAGCACGAGCGCUCAGCCCUCAUUUCCGGGAAGUGCAGGCACAGUGCCCGUGCACGGUGUGAGCUCUCCGACUAACCAGCUGUCCAAAACAAACACGCCUCAUACACUCCCUAUACGCCUCGGAUUGAUUAUUACCCCCUCACACACACACACACGCACACACACACACACGCAUCACUACCGCUUAACACGCACCGGAGCGCGCGAGCGGUUUCACUCACCGUGCAUGGGAUCCAAAUAAGAUGGCACGCGCGUGGAUUCUGUUCACAGUCACACUUUUAUUCACCUUUCCGACAGGCUCAUCCAAGCCAGUCAUCACUCCUAAUGGUCCUCACCUGGUCAUUCUAAAGGGUGGACAACUAGAGCUACAUUGUGAAGACAACACAAGAUUCGAUCCUGGGAGACUACGGUGGCACCGUGAUAAGGGCAGGAGGAUCGAAGGAGAACAAGUGGUAGAUGGAGCCACUGUUAUCAACCUCGCUUCCAUCCAGCCCCAACACAUGGGCCGCUAUACCUGCGAGAACACUCAGACCAGAGAAAAGAGCUCCAUCUACAUUUAUGUGAAAGAUAUGGAGAAUGCGUUUGUGCGCUCCAUGAUGAGCGGCUUGCUCGCGAAAGAGGGUGAGGACUGCACUUUGCCGUGCUUAGUGACAGAUCCAGCUGUAACCCAUUUGUCUCCUCUGACCUGCAGCGGCACUGCCGUGCCAGCUGGCCUUUCCUUCACAGCUGACCCGCAGAAAGGCAUCGUCAUCCAUAACAUCUCCAAGGCAUUUGAGGGAUGCUACGUUUGCACUGGUGUCAUGGGUGGGACGAUGGUGAAGUCAAGCCAGUACAACGUGAAUGUGCGACUAGUUCCACACUUUGUUCCAGUAAUAAGUCUAUCCAGAUCGGAAAGUGUGAUAUUGAUGAAGGGCGAAGCUCUCGAGCUCAUCUGCAGCACCUCUAACAUCAACCAUGACUUCCAUUUGAUGUGGAGCUUCCCUUCAGGAGCGAAUGCAAUCGAGUCUCAUGCUUCUCACAUCCUGCCUGGAUCCUGGGGUUACAAGCGCUCCUCUACACUCUGGAUUAGCUCUGCAGUGCCGAGUGACUCUGGGAAAUACCGCUGCCAAGCGCAGAACGAGAAGGGUGUCUCCAGUUCUACCAUCCGUCUUGAUGUUUAUGAUCGUGGCUUCAUUAAUGUAACUGAAGGAGAGAACAGGGUUGUGGAUGUGCGAGAGGGAGAGAGUCUGACGCUGCAAAUCGAGAUGAUCUCAUACCCCAAGCCAAGUGCUGCGUACUGGACGUAUAACAACCAGCAGCUCAAAAACACUUCUGAGCACGUCAUCACACUGCACAAUCAGCAAUACAGGUACAUCAGUGAGCUGAAGUUGGUCCGUGUUCAUGGCUCCGAAGGCGGCAUCUACACUUUCUCAGCUAGCCAUAAUUAUACGUCCGUCAAUAAGUCAUUCUUCGUCCAUGUCAAUUGCAAGCCGAUGAUUGUUUCUCAGGAGGGGCCGAUUGAUGGACAGGUGAAAUGUGUUGCAUCUGGAUACCCUGCACCGAAGAUAUUCUGGUACUACUGUGAACCACGACACACACGAUGCUCUCAGCUAAUGAACGCCACUCAGGAGGACGAGGACACAGCAAUAGUGACGAUGUCAUUGUCACAAUUUGGCCGCACUGAGGUCGAGAGCCGCCUCAACAUCACUAAGGGAAAGUACCACACCCUGGAAUGUGUGGCAACUACACAGGGAGAACAGGCAUACACACUCUUCAGCAUCAGCGAGCGCACAGUUCCUCAUAAACUCUUCACCCCUGUACUGACUGGAGUCGUAACAGCUUCUGUAGUGCUCAUGUUGUUUCUAAUCAUACUUCUCUACAAGUACAUGCAGAAACCCAAGUAUGAGAUCCACUGGAAGGUGAUUGAGAGUAUCCACGGUAACAACUAUACCUAUGUUGACCCCACCCAGCUUCCUUAUGACCCCAAGUGGGAAUUUCCAAGAGAGAGGCUACGCUUCGGUAAAGUUCUUGGGGCUGGUGCAUUUGGAAAAGUGGUGGCAGCAACAGCGUAUGGUCUUAGCUCACCUGACGCAGUCACAACAGUGGCUGUAAAGAUGCUCAAGCCGAGUGCUCACUCCACUGAAAAGGAAGCUCUAAUGUCGGAGCUAAAGGUUCUCAGUUACCUUGGCAACCACAUGAAUAUUGUCAAUCUGCUAGGCGCCUGCACUGUAGGAGGUCCGACUCUGAUGAUAACUGAGUACUGCUGUUAUGGCGAUCUGUUGAACUUUCUGAGGAGAAAGAGGGAUGCUUUUUUCAGCUCAAAAACCGGAGAUGGAUAUUAUAAAAAUCUUUUAAGUCAGACCCAGUGUUCAAGGGAAGGAAUAGAAAAUGGCUACAUGCCAAUGAGGUCCUAUGAGAAGAAAUCCAAACAAACAGAAUGGAGUGAUGAUAAGGAUGACUUGUCUAUUGAUACUGAGGAUCUGCUCAGCUUCUCCUACCAAGUCGCCAAGGGCAUGGACUUCCUCACAUCCAAGAAUUGUAUCCAUAGAGAUCUGGCAGCCAGGAACGUUUUGCUGACUAAGGGUCGGGUUGCUAAGAUCUGUGACUUUGGCUUGGCUCGUGACAUCACCAGGGACUCCAACUAUGUUUUGCGGGGAAAUGCACGCCUACCAGUCAAAUGGAUGUCUCCUGAGAGCCUGUUUUCAUGUGUGUAUACAUUUGAGAGUGACGUGUGGUCCUAUGGCAUCUUAUUGUGGGAGAUCUUCUCUCUAGGUAACAGCCCAUAUCCUGGAGUUCCAGUUGGUUCCAUGUUCUACAAGAUGAUACAGGACGGGUACAGGAUGAGUGAGCCGGAAUUUGCUCCGAGUGAAAUCUAUGAGGUGAUGAGAUGGUGCUGGAGCUCGGAUCCUCUGAAGAGACCAACCUUUAGGAAAUUGGUGGAGAGGACUGAAAUGUUGCUCUGUGAGAACACCAAACAUGUGUAUUUGAACCUCAGUGAAAGCGACUCACUGGAUUGUCCUGGCCUGAACAGAGCAUCGUCUCAGAGGCUGAGCUCAGUAGGUAGCACCACAGCAUCGACCCAACCGCUCCUGCUGGCCACCAACGACGUUUUUCUGGAACAUGACACUUGCUAAGGACCACUCACAGACUACUUACUCUCACCCACCACAUUGAUUCCACUCACACAUUAUUUACAUUUUUUUGAGAUUUUCUUGGCUUCUGUUGACGUGUCUGCCAGACUAAACUCUACACACUGGAGCUCACAACACUGCAUUUAGUCAAUGCCAUGCAAAUUUUUAUGAUUCUUUAGAUUUAAUAGUUAUUAGUCUCUUUCUUUAAAGACUAAUUACACCCAAUAAUUAUUUAUUAUUUUUGAAAGUAAAUGAAUCUAUCCAUUCUAAAAAUGGAUUGACACUUCUCCCUUAACCUUACGCAAUCUGUCCAUCAAAUCUAUUAGGAAUAAUUCCUAUCUAUUUCUAUACAAUGGAAACUUGUUUAGAAAUGAAUCACACUCCAAACCGCCUAGCGCUUGGUCUAAAUUAAAAGACUUUCCGUGUUUACUCUUGCUGAAGAGAACAAAUAAAUAGAAUAUUUUGACAGUCGGGAUAAUAGCACUAUAUUAAUAACACUAUAUUUGCUAACCAAGCAACGCAACACAACGCAGUUGUCUAUGCUAGUACACUAUUAACAUUUAUUCUUAGGGCAUUUACGAAGGUAGGUUUUAUAGACAAUGUAGUUAAUCACCCGGAACGGAUAUCGAAUUAUUGUCAUCAUUAAUAAGUCGAUUAUUUUCAUAUAACAGCAUGUACAGAUGUCGAGUUAUACCAUGACAAUUUGCCAAAAAAAUGACAAUUUUUUUAUGUAUUAAUUAACAGCAUGUCAUAAUCACUUACGUUAUAGCAGAUGUGGCUGCUUCAUCAUCGGCCUUUAUUAAACUCUCUCCUGAAGUAAAAAACAAAACAACAAAAAGCUUGUCAUGUUACAGAGAAACUUUAAAGAGUUACUGACAUGAAAAAAAUUGUAACUGUAAAAAUCACUAACACUGGGAGACUCCUUCCAUACUGAGGAAGUGGAUGCUCAGUGUUUAAGGCUCGGGUUAUUGAUCAGAAGGUCAGCAGUUUAAGCAGUAUCUUGCUCUUGGGCCCUUGAGCAAGGCCCCUAACCCACUCCAGGGGUGCUGAACCAUGACUGACCCUACACUCUUACCCCAGCUUUCUAACAUCACUGUGAUGUGCGAAAAAAGAAUUUCACUGUGCUCUAAUGUGCAUGUGACAAGUCUAAGUACAUAAGUAAACGUCUCAUCAAUUCAACCAAUAAGAUUUGAGAAUUCAACAGCUUCAUAGAGCGACGUUUUAUAAAUACGGAAUUGUACUCGUUAAUUUGAAAGAGAGGCGGAAAAACACAUUGAAUAAAUAAUAUAAUAAUAACAUGUAAUAUAAUAAAUGCGCAUCACAUGUUACACCUCUCAAAUGCUAUUAUCUUCAUCUACUUCAGGGGGUCCAAUCUUUUCCUCAAAGGGCUGGUGUGGGUGCAGGUUUUCACUCCAACCAAGCGUCACACCUGGUAGCCACUGAAAAUAAAAAACACGAGAUUUUACAGGUAGAAUUUGGUGUGGACUUGCGUGGUGGGACAAUCCUGCGCUAAGGAAAAUACAUAUUUUAUUUACGUUUGUAUAAAUAAUUUUUUGUGUGUGAUUUUCCUAGAUUUGUACAUGAGUUUGAUCUAUAAGCUAGCUAAUGAAUUUUGCAUUUAUUUAAAUGUAGCAUGUUUAUAGUAUUUAUUUCUAUCCUUCUUGCUAAUGUGCCGUGGGAUUCAUUUGUUAGCUAACCAGCAAAGUUUACUUAAGUUGCCAGUUCUUUUCAGUGGUGGACGGUAACAAAGUAAAUGUAAAUCGUUACUGUACUUCAGUAUCUUUUUCUGUGCUUUACUGAAUUUUUUAUGACUUUACAAAGUCAAAUAUCUCACUCAACUAUACUUUGAGAUAUCAGUCGUUCCUUUUUAUUAAUGUGUGGAUAAUUCUUCUGAAGCAGCUGAAAAGGUUUUGGACUCGUGAUAAUUGUAAUAGAUAUUAGUGUUUGACUUAUUAAUAUCAUUCUAAUAAUAGAUUGUUGUGCUCAGAGUCACAUUAGAGUCUUUUGACGUAAACUGAGAUAAUUAAGCAAAGAGUCUUGUUAUAAAAAUGAUAAUAGGAAAAUUAUAGCUGUAAUAAAUCAUAAUACUUUGGAUACAUUUGAAGGCAAAAAGUUUUGUACUUUUACUUAAGUGAAAUUUUACUUUUACUGGCGUCAUAUUUUACAGUGUAUCUACUUUAUCUAGAGUACAUGCUUUGUGUACUUCGUCCACCACUGGUUUUAUUUUCUUAUUGUUUCCUUUUUAUACGCGAGUGCUUACAUGUAGACACUUUGAAACUUUGAUUUUGAACCACUUUUAACUUUAAAGUUUCUCAGUAGUUUUGGAGAAAGUGUGAUUCCGGAUGAUGAAGUCUUCCAAACAAGCUCUUGGGUUUUGAAAUUGCUAUUAGCAUAAAGCUCGAUCUGCAUGAUUACUAUUAUAAACUCCUUCCCUCCCUGCCUCCCCUACAUAUACAAUCAAUGGUGUAAUUACUCUUUAAGAAGCACUCAUUUAACAACAUAUGAACUUCACGCACGACCGUUCUGGUCAUCCAGAAUACCUGUUGAUCUGUUUAUCCACGUGCAGCUGGAUCCCAAUUUCACCAUAUUGAUCCAAUGCUGCAUUCCAAGUGCAUGAAAAGCUGACUUGACAUGAUCUUAAGAGUCAGCGCAUUAGAUGAACAUCAUUAUAACACUGCUAUACUGAGGACCUUAGAGAUCAAUGACCAUCUGUCACGAUGAGAUCAUGUAAGUAGCGACUUUGGCCAUGCUUAGCAGUGUGUGUACAUGUUUUUGUGGAUUAGCGCUCUUUAAUUGGUAAACGUGCAAAACAUCUUCGUGUUCACUGUGUGGAAAAAGUCUUCUUUAUUACAUUAUAUCUGUGAAAAAAAGAUGUGCAUCGUAUUUAUUAAAAAUGUGUUUUGUGUGUAAAAGGGGGGAAAAGAGCCCCUUUCGUUUAGUGCCUGUGGAAUUCUAAAACGAUUAUGUAAUAAAUAUUAAAUUAAUACUUAUUUGCUUUUUUGAGACGAUGAAGGCGUCUGUGUCGCAUGCUAGCGUUUAUCAUUUAUUUGAAUAAACGAUGUAAGAAUGUAAAUAAAACGCACUGAAUCUGAGCCCUUGAACAAAACGCCGAGGUGAAGAGAGAAAAAACGUCGGACUGUUUAUGUAAAAUGUUAAUCAUUUGUACGUAAUUGAAGAUAUUUUUCCCCAUUGUUUGGAACGAGAGAGAGAGAUAGAGGGAGGGAGAGAGAGAGAGAGAGAUUCAAACGAUUUUGUACAUAUGUUUUUGAAAGCUUUGAUGGAAAACUUUUCAUGUUUUGAUAGUGAGACUGAAAAUAAAAAAUGA